AACUUUUAUUUCCAGUAACAGAUAAAAUUCUAACUAUUUCGUACUCAAGUGGUAACAUAACAAGCAAAACAUAAGAUAUUUCGAAACAGCAAUCCUAUACACAUCAGCAUAUUUCAUAGGGCUUAUUAAUGAAAGCACAUGGAGAGGAUUGCACAGCAUCCCGAGUUGGCUGCAGCUAUUUAAUACCUCAUGAAGAACGCAGUUUUUUAAGUCACAAAAAUAUAAUCGAUCCGUUUUCAUAGACGCUAUCAAAAACAGAUCGCUCAAGCUAUAUUCUCCAGGACGUACUAUGUCUUUCCGAGUCAUUUCUGCCUUCCGUUUGGAUGACAGGAUAGCCUGCAACGUCAUUGGCGGAGAAUACUGCCAAUCUGAAUUAAUUAACCGUUGGAAUGAUAUUAAGAGGUGGGGAGAAAGGACUUUGAACGCUAACGGUUUCAUUUUCUUCUUAAUUGGCUCUUUACUGGGAUAAGGAGGCGGGACGUGGUCUGAGAAUGGCAGUUCUCAGUAAAUGACAAAUAGAGGAAAGCUGGGCGCUUAUUUAUUGGCGGAAGCGUGAGUAGAGUCAGGGGAAAAUCCUUUUCUCCUAAAUACUGUUUAGAACUCCAAACAUCCCUCUCGACCCUUAUUUGCUGGGUCUCUGCAACGCAUGUGCAAAUGGAGGCCAGCCUGACGUGUGCGGUGUGUCUGUCGGUCUUCGAGGAUCCGGUCACGCUGCCCGUCUGCUCUCACAACUUCUGCCGCCAUUGCGUCGUCGAGUAUCUCAGCCAAGCUGCAAGCGUCGCAUUGCCCUCUUCCUCCGCAUCGAGGCCCUCUCCUCGAAGCCGUGACUCGCUCCAGCAGAGUCCACGGGUUCCCGGUCGCCCGUCACGGGACGGAGGCUCGAUUAUUCUGUCAUGCCCGCUGUGCCGCAAACUCUGCUCGCUUCCUUCCGACCGCGGGGCUUCUGCAUUACCUGUCAACACCACGCUAGCCGAGGUAGUGAAACUGUUCAGGGCUGCCAGCUCCAGCUCGGCGACGAAGCCUAGCCUGGAAGCGAUAGCGGAGGUGGACUCGUCAGCUCUGGUUCCUCAACUGGCUGCUCUGGGUGGGAUCUGCAAGAAACACCAAGGGCAACCAUUGCAGCUCUACUGCCGGAUGUGCCGCUCUGGAGGCUGCGGGCAGUGCGUGUCGGAAGACCAUCGCGGCGUCUUCCAUUCAGUCAACCUCAUCGACACGGUGUACCAGGAGGAAAAACUAGCCUUCUUUAGUAACCUGAAGAAAAUAAGAGAAUUGCAACUGAAAAUGUUGAAUGAAAUAUCAAUAUCUCCAAAGGAUGAAAAGGCCGUAAUGCAGAAUGAAGAAGAAUUGAUUGAAACUGAAUUUGAAAAACUCUAUAAUGCUUUGGCAACUAGAAAGAAGGAGUUGCUUAAAAGCCUUGAAAGCCAGAAGAAAAGAAAGGAGAAAGAGCAUCUUAUAUGGAAGAAUAUGAAAGAAGCUCACCGAAAAACAAUUGAAAAUAUUCUGAUUGACUGUGAAAACCUUUUAGAUGAAUGUGAUCCACAGCAUUUCUUAGAGGUUGCAUGCAAUUUGAACCAAAGAAUGAAGACUCAACUUGAGCUGAUGCAGAUGGCUUCUGGUCAUGAAGAUCAGCCAGAAUGCAAACAGAUACAGUUAGAUAUCAUAUCUAUACUUAAGGAUAUUUCAGCCUUGACUCUUACUGAAGUUAGCCUGGAUAUGGCAAAAGCUGACAUUCCUUCAGGAAAUAUUGAACCUUCUACAUCUGCAAGCCCUGAAAAACAAUGGGAAGAUAAAAUUGUACAAGAUAAGUUCCACCCAGUGCCAGGAAAAGAUGUUUUGGAAAAUGGUAAGAAUAUUCCAACUCAGUUUAUGUCAGUGUCAGCAACUACUAAAUUUCAAAACAUGAGUCAUGAGGAGCUGCGUUACAUACAUUACAUGAAACGUGAAGUACAUUCAGAUGAAUUAUAUGCAGAGAAUUUACAUGAAAGAAAUACAUUGCCAAAAUUUUGGUUUUCAAAAAAGAUUCAUUGAAGUACAGUGCAAUAUGAUUUUGUACUUGGAAAAGAAGCACUUGGACAAAAGACAGAAGCAUUUUUAUUUUCAAAGCAUUUCACAGUUGGCAUCCAGAAGAACAAAGUAAGCAGAAUGAAAAAGCAACAGAAAUGGGUGGAUGUGUAAAUAAGGGAACUUUGCUGUUGGUACUCCUCAGAUAAGAGAGUGAAUAGCAUCUAACUGAAUGAAAUAAUAAAAUGUACAGAUAUGGUUGGCUAGAUCUUAUAUUCCUUUCUGUCACAAUACUUUUA